GUCCACUGCAAGCUGCGCAAGGAUUUGUGACUUGCCGUGGCGGUGUCACCCUCGAUCUCAUACAUCUGGUCUGCUCCACUGGUGAAGAGAACUUCUGGGGAUUCUCACCUCAUUGGCCCGGUCGAGUGUACUUUUCGUUUGAUUGUCUACUUAAGUGGCCUUUAUCCGUACUCACGACUGUUUAUUUCCGGUGGUGGUUGCGGUGUAUAAGGAGCAGCCAAAGUUGAUCACGGCCCCAUAUUCUCAUUUUCCCCUACCUUAAGCUGGACAGCCACUCGUCGCUACUGUCCAGACUCUUAAAGGUAGACGCAACACCCGCACCAUGCCAGCUCCCUUAGUCAAGGUCAUGCACAGGAUGCAAGAACUCUUCACCAACAUUGUUGCAGCCCUGGAGGCAAUGCUUCUGUUCCCAUCUCUCUUCCGCGACUCCUCCCGCAAGCGGCGGAAAGCUUUUCAGAGAGCUUAUUGGGGACGCCGGACGCUGGAUGAUUUUGCGAAUGAGAUUGAUCGUCUGCUCUCGGCACCUUUGUCUGUGCAAAACAUGAUCACAAUGUCAGACAAGAUUCGCGCGCAGUUCAAGUCCUGUCUUCAAGCCAGCCCAGUAUGCAUGCUGCCAUCCUAUAACCAUGCUCUACCUUCAGGAGCAGAGAAGGGAACGUACCUGGCGCUGGAUGUGGGAGGCUCCACACUUCGUGUAGCCUUGGUGGAACUACGUGGUCACGGGGUCAUGCGCACCCUCCAUGUGUCUUCUUCGUCAAUUGAUAAUGAGGUCAAAUUGCUAGAAGGAACGAUGUUCUUCGACUGGAUGGCAACAAAGAUCGACGCCAUGUUACAAGAGGUAGGCUCAAAUUAUGGCCGGGGGAAUACCCCACUUUCCAUGGGCUUGUCCUGGUCGUUUCCGAUUGAACAAACAUCCAUCAGCAGCGGUUUGGUAAUACAUAUGGGCAAGGGGUUUCAUUGCUCUAAUGGCACCGUUGGGCAGGAGCUCGGCAAUUUAAUUGUCCAAUCCUGCAGAGCGCGUGGCCUGAACAUUGAAGUGGAUGCUAUCGUGAAUGACAGCUCCGCAACCCUGCUGUCUCACGCUUAUGUGGAUCCGGCGACUCGCAUGUCCCUCAUUUUGGGGACCGGAACGAAUGUGGCGAUUCAUUUUCCUGUGCACCAGAUCGGAUUGACCAAGUUCGGCACCAGACCUCCAGGUUGGUUUGAUUACGCGAAACACGUUAUCAUCAACAGCGAGAUGAGUAUGUUUGGUGGCGGAAUAUUACCUAUGUCCCGGUGGGACGAGGUCCUGAACAGCACCCAUCUUCGACCUGACUAUCAGCCUCUGGAGUAUAUGAUUACUGGCCGCUACCUCGGCGAAAUCAUUCGGCUUAUUAUCGUCGAAGCAGUGGAGACAGCGCAGCUGUUUGGCGGCAAUCUUCCUCACUCAAUGCGCGACGCUUACUCGUUUGACACUAGUAUCAUUGCUUGCAUAGAAGCUGAUACAUCAACUAGCUUAGCCUCAUCGACAAACAUCUUGCAGAAGGAACACACGUUUGCCACACCUCCGUCGGUGGAGGAAAUGAGAUUUCUCCAGCGUGUCUGCCAGAUCGUCUCGAACCGAGCCGCAGGAUAUCUUGCGACAGCAAUCCAUAGCAUGUGGUGCUUGCGUAAUGAGGCAGAGUACCCGGAACUCAGCACUCCCGCAACCGCAUUCCUCAAAGAGACGCAGGAGGUGACUGUGGUUGAGAGUGAAGGUAGCCCACUAAGUUUGUCGAUCGCCUGCGAUGGUAGUGUCAUCAACAAGUAUCCCGGGUUCAGAGAUCGUUGUCAACUCUAUCUGAACGAACUUGUCAAGGAGACGCGCACUUUGCAACUGCCUUCCAUUCCGUCGGCGGAACCUUACAUCCGCCUUGAUCCUGCUCCAGAUAGUGCCAUUGCUGGAGCCGCAGUCGCUGUAGCCGUGGCUGUCGCGGAGAAAAAACCAGAGUAGUCUUCAGAGGGGACCUGGUCUGGUGAGCGAAGGUGCCUGCGCUAUGCAUUAUGAAUUGCUCAUUUCAACAAUCACCCGGCCUUAUGCCAACCUUCUUUGCAUUCAAGGUGUUUU